AUGGAGUCUGUCUUAAAUAUCUUGCAUAUAGUAAUGGUCAUCAUCAAUGUUUUCAGAACAAAUGGGACGUUCUGUAGCCUGCAAGGAGAACCUGUUUAUCCACUACUUUCAAAGGAUGGGGACAUUAUAAUUGGAGUGAUUUUUCCCUUCCACAAGACUUGGGAAAUCACAGAAGUGUCCUAUAUGGUGAAGCCAUCACCACUGAAAUGUGUGAGUCUUGAUUUCAGAGCAAUGCAGUAUUCACAGUCUGUGAUUUUUGCAAUAGAAGAGAUCAACAACAGCUCAUCUUUACUCCCUGGAGUCUCACUGGGCUACAAGAUCUAUGACACAUGCAGUUCAGCAACAAUGGGGGUUAAAAUGGCUCUGGCAGUUGUAAAUGGAAAUGAGAAUUCAACACUGGAUGAGCCCUGCACAAAGCCAGCACAGCCACAAGCCAUAAUCGGUGAGACAUACACAACAGUGUCUAAGCCUAUUGCAAAGACUGUUGGACCUUUCAACAUUCCCGUAAUCAGUCAUGAUUCCACCUGCGAGUGUCUCAGUGACAAAAGAAUAUAUCCCACGUUUUUGCGCACUGUUCCCAGUGAUUACUACCUAAGCAGAGCACUGGCAGACAUGGUCAAGCAGUUUGGCUGGACCUGGGUGGGUGCAAUAAGAAGAGAUGAUGACUAUGGUAACAGUGGGAUGGCUGCAUUUAUUGAAGCUGCAGAGCAGCUGGGCAUUUGCUUUGAAUAUUCCUUUUCAUAUAUUAGAACCUACUCACAAGAAAAAGUGCUGAGAAUGAUUCAGCAGAUCAAAAGCUCUACUUCUCGAGUGAUUGUGUCAUUUCUCUCUUAUUGGGACUGGGAGAUUUUGCUCGACGUAUUUUAUGAGCACAACAUUACAGGAUACCAGUGGGUCGGAACUGCAGCUUGGAUCGCUGAUUCAACUGUAGCCAGAACAGAUAAGCACAAAAUACUGCAAGGAGCCAUCGGGCUAGCUUACCCCAAAAAAACAGUGACAGGUCUGAAGGACUUCAUUUUGGAUAUACAACCACUGAAAUCUGCAGGCAGAGCCAUUUUUACUGAAUUCUGGGAGACUUUAUUUCAUUGCAAAUAUUCAGUGCAGAAUAACUCAAAAGAUACUACAGUGUGCACAGGACAGGAGAAACUGUCCGAAAUGGACAAUGAAUUCACAGACAUGGCGAUGAUGCCUGUUUUCAAUAAUGCUUAUAAAGCAGUAUAUUCUAUUGCCCAUACACUGCACAACCUUCUGGGCUGCACGCAAACAUGUCCUACAAAGAAGCAGCCUGAUCCUCUCACUUUUCUAGAACAUCUGAAAAGAGUGCGCUUCAAAACCAAAGAGGGCGAAGAGGUUUAUUUUGACAAAAAUGGGGACCCUCCAUCUAAAUAUGAUGUAAUAAACUUGCAAACUAUUGAAAAUCAUCAUGAGUUUGUCAAAGUUGGAUAUUAUGACUCUUCGUUUCCUGCUCAUAAUCGAUUAGCAGUAAAAAUGGCCUCUGUUGUGUGGGCACAAAAUACAAGCCAGAUGCCGGUGUCUGUGUGCAGUGAGAGCUGCUCUCCAGGAACCAGGAAGGCUGUGCAGAAAGGAAAGCCUAUCUGCUGCUUUGACUGUAUACCAUGUGCUGAAGGAGAGAUCAGUAAUAUGACAGACGCAGUUAAAUGUGAACAAUGUUAUGAAGAUUACUGGUCAAAUCAACACAGAAAUGAAUGUGUAAAGAAGGAAAUUGAAUUCUUGUCGUAUGAGGAAACGAUGGGAAUUUUGCUGUCAGCUGUUUCAAUUAUCGGUGCCUUUAUGACGAUAAUAAUAGCAAUUAUAUUCUUUAGAUAUAAAAACACCCCGAUAGUCAAAGCCAACAAUUCAGAGCUGAGCUUCCUGCUGCUUUUCUCUCUGGCUCUGUGUUUCCUCUGUUCACUUACUUUCAUUGGUCAGCCCUCUGAGUGGUCCUGUGUGCUGCGUCACACAGCGUUUGGGAUCACCUUCGUCCUCUGCAUCUCCUGUGUUCUGGGGAAAACAAUAGUGGUGUUAAUGGCCUUCAGAGCUACACUUCCAGGCAGUAAUGUCAUGAAAUGGUUUGGGCCUCCACAGCAGAGACUCAGUGUUCUUGCUUUCACUCUCAUACAGGUCCUUAUUUGUGUGCUUUGGUUAACAACAUCUCCUCCUUUCCCCUUCAAAAAUCUAAAGCACUACAAGGAAAAGAUCAUCCUAGAGUGUCAGUUAGGUUCAGCAGUAGGUUUCUGGGCUGUGCUGGGUUAUAUAGGAUUUCUGGCUCUUUUGUGUUUUAUUUUGGCUUUUCUAGCACGGAAGCUGCCUGAUAAGUUUAAUGAAGCCAAGUUCAUCACAUUCAGCAUGCUCAUAUUCUGUGCAGUGUGGAUCACCUUCAUCCCAGCUUAUGUCAGCUCUCCUGGAAAGUUCACUGUAGCUGUGGAGAUAUUUGCCAUUUUGGCCUCAAGCUUUGGUUUGUUAUUCUGUAUCUUUUUUCCGAAGUGUUACAUAAUCAUAAUGAAACCAGAAAAGAACACUAAAAAACUAAUUAUGAAUAAAGUGCCAGAUAAGUAA